GCCUCGGAAAGAUCAUUCUGAAUCCCCGUGAUCGUAAUCGGAACCCACAAAGUUCCGGCCCACGACCUUUGCUGAGCCCUCACCACAGUGCGAGCGUUGAAAGCCAUGUCUGCUCUGAGCUCCCUAAUUUCUGGAGCUGAUUGUGGCCCAUCUAAUGCAUUGUCAUCAGUAGUCAAACAUGCAGAAAUAGAUCGAAGUUUGCAGAGGGACAGAGUUGGUGGUCCUUCUCAGAUGAAUCUGCAUCAUCUCCCUUCAAGCUCGUCCCAAGGACCGUCUGAAGCUGAUCAAGCAUUGGCACGACAAUUCUUCGAUGGAAAUGCAGCGCCUCCGAUACCUCCCUCCCUUUCAGCCCCCUUCCCUAUGAUUCUUCCGAGUCAGCCGCUUGCGCCAAUCAAUCAGGCGCAGCUUCGACGAUCAGAUCCAGCAGAAAUGGAGAGGCUCUGGAGUACAAAAGCUGCCGGAGAAAGGGCGGUACAAUCACUCGCAAUGGCUUCUGCGCCACGCAAUGGCCAGUGGUUAACGGAGUUCAAUACGAUGACCCCUGCUCCCAUUGAGGCUUCACGACCAGCUGGUCAAGGCCACGACCCGAUGGCUCUUCGAUCUUCCGCUUACGCUGCCGGGAUGCUGUAUACCCCUCAGAUGUUUAGUCCACAAGCGGUUGUUGUGGCACCUGCCACUCAGGCUGACUGGGAGAAAGAGUUCAGCAGACUUAGCGAACUUAAAGGCGACGAAAAAGGGAAGGGCAGACUUAUCGAAGUCGACGAUGAGGGAAAAGCAAUUGAUACAUUGGAGGAAGCCUUCAAGAAUGCGACUCUUGAGCAAGAUGGAGAAAAAGGUAAUUUAGACGACUAUAUGAAGUCAUUUGAAAAGGUCUGGGAAGAAGUUAAGGUAAACAAUAGUGAUCACGAUCUCGACGGGCUCGCAGCACAAGAGGCCGACUAUCGCCAACUAAUGCAGCAGAUGCAUGAGCUGGAUGGAACCGAUCCUGAUCUCCUCGCUCAGGUGAACGAGUCCAUGGCCAACCCAGAUGACGAUCUAGUCGGUGAUUUCGGGCUGAACGAUUUGGACGACAUGACGAAAUAUGAUGACGAGGGUGUUCCUAUACUUGAAGCCUAUGAAUUUGAACAAAAUAACCCGUACCUCAAUGAUGCUUCUUCGAGUGGUCAUCUCGCAAGGGCUAAAGAGCUUCUGGCUACAAAUGGAUCGCUAGAUGAGGCUGCCCUCCUCAUCGAAGCCUCGAUACAGAAAGGAGAAUUGGGGAAAGGAGGGUAUGAAGCCUGGCUUCUGCUUGGAAGAGCCCGGAGCAUGGAUGAAAGAGAGGUACAGGCACUGAGAGCACUGCGCGAGGGCACACGGAUAGCGCAGUCGACUGGGGAUGGGACCACGGGCAUGCUUGAUCUCGCCAUCAGUUACACGAAUGAAUUGCAUGACCUUGCCGCUCAACAUAUCCUGCGUCAGUGGAUACGAGCUAAGUACCCGGUGAUGAAACUUGCCCAACGGCCACAGAAUAGCUAUCGCAGUCCAUGGUCUUCGCAUGAGCUUACGACGGAAGAUUUCCUCCUCGUUACACGGUAUUUACACUCUAAAGGCCAGAUGGAUCCAGAAGUUCAAGUUGGGCUCGGUGUGCUCUUCUAUUCUAAUGCGGAAUAUGACAAAGCUCGGGAUUGUUUCGAAAGCGCAUUGCAAGCCCACCUGAUGUAUGACUAUCUUAUGUGGAAUCGGCUUGGUUCGAGCCUGUCUAACGGAUCGAAACCCGAAGAAGCUCUUGGUGCCUACCGUGAGGCACUGAGACUUAGGCCAACGUAUACGAGGGCGAUAUACAACGUAGGCGUUGCCUGUUUGAACAUCGGGGCUCACAAGGAGGCAGCCGAACACUUCCUCAGUGCACUUACCCUACGGAACCCUGAUUCAGCAGUACCUGGUGGUCCUCCGAUUGGGGGGCCGUUGAAAGACAAAGAUCAAAUAUGGCAAACCCUCAAGCGCACAUUCACCGGCAUGGAUCGUCCUGAUCUAAUAGAACUCGCAAAUAUCGGGGACGUGAACGUCUUCCGUGGUGAAUUCGAUUUUUAAAUACUCGCGGACUUUGAUCGUCGCAUUUCGCCUAAUUUUUUUGUUCAAGUUCAUGUCGAUGUAUUUUAGACACCAACCUCGUCCGCCCAAUGAAUGGACGGAUUCAGUUUGAAUCAGGCGGUGUGCAAGAAUGUUGGUUCCGUUGAUUUUGAUGGCAUAAAAGAUACAGGCAGGGUUAGGGGCGAAGUCACCCAAAGAGUGUCUGAUCGUGGGGC